CUACUUCGUCCUGCGCAACCCUCCCCCCCCCCGGUCAGGCGUCAUUCAUCGAGUCAGCCCCGUGGCCAACGCGCCGGAAUAGAGUCAUUCCCGUGGCCCCGGAGCAACAAAAGGACUUCAGGGAUCGUCGCUUGGGCGUCGCCGCUGCCGGGCUGAACUCGAUACACCUCCGGCGGUUGUCGACAACGGGCCCGAGCUGCGGGUCAUCGAAGGGGGCAUCGCUGGCACAACGCUACCGGCCUUCCAUGACUGCGUCACGGGCCAUGUCGAGCUCCACAGCCGGCGGCGGUGUCGUCGCGCGCGCCGCCCGUCCGCCCAAUCCCGCGAUCAACCAUGGGCGAGCUUCGCCGGAGGCUACCUCAUGUAGUAGAACGGGGAGCAGCAUGACGGAGAUGCCCCCAUUCCCGCAGAAUUGUCCGACAGGCUCAUGCUACAGCAUCACUUGCUCCAAGCUGGAAUGCUGACGGCACGCCUCGUUUACCCGCAUCCCAAGUCCGCUCUGCCUUUGCCGUGGCGUCCACCAUAUGCCGGUUGCGUCGGCGCUCCCCGGCUCCGCCGGAAACCCCCCCUCCCUUCUACUAGGUCUCGGACAAGAAUGCACUCGGCGUUAUGUACUAGAUGGGGACUUCCAUUUCAAGGUUGUCGACAAGGCUGGGGGAGGCGGAGGGUGGAGGGCCCGGGCGCGGCAGCGACGAUGACGAGACCACCACUGCCAGCGGCGAGACGCCAGGUCUCGCAUUUCUUCUUAAGCGAGAGCACUUGCAGUCGUGAUGUGAGACGGGUUAAACAACCCCUCCCCGUCUCCCGUGCUCAAAACCCCACGGCAGGCCCGGUCCCCAGGGUUCCAUCACGAUGGCUACCGCCUCAGCAGGGAGACUGGAAGCGGCAGCUCAGCAACACGACGGCCGUCCAACACCUCCAGCAACAACUUCCACAGAGGCAAUCAUGUUGAGUGACCUGGCCUCAGAACGGCCAGAGGAGUUCCAGGUCACGUUUGACGCCGAUGAUCCCGAGGAUCCCAAGAACUGGCCCACGUGGUACCGGGUCUGGGUCAUGGUGACGGUCUCGUUCUGCGCGUGGGUCGUCGUCCUCUACAGCACGAGCUACAGCAGCGCGAUCCCCGGGUUGCGGGAAGAAUUUCACGUCUCCAAGGUUGCGGGGACCAUGGGCAUGACGGCCUAUCUCCUCGGCCUCGCGGUGGGCAGCCUCAUCGCGCCGCCCCUGAGCGAGCUCUACGGGCGUCGCGUCGUCUACCUGGGGUGCCUUUGCUGCUGGGCCCUGUUCGUCGUCCCGGGCGGCCUGGCGCAGUCCCUGGCCGCCAUCAUCGCCGUCCGGCUGAUCAGUGGUCUCUUCGGUGCCGCCCUGGUCUCAAACGGCCCUGGCUCAAUCGUGGAUGUGUCCAAGCCCGAGCACCUCGCCAUGGGCAUGUCGCUGUACAGUCUCGGACCCUUCAACGGGCCGGUCCUGGGACCCUUGAUCGGCGGCUUCACGUACGAGAGCCUGGGGUGGCGGUGGACCAACUGGAUUGUGCUGAUUCUAGGCGGCCUUUCCAUCGUCAUGAUGUUGACUGUCAAAGAGACGUACGCGCCCGAGAUUCUCAGGCGCAAGGCGGCCCGCCUGCGCAGUAAAUCGGGCAAUCCGCGGUGGUGGUGUCGCUACGACCAGAGGUGCUCGUCGAUGCGUCUUGUCUGGGUGAACCUGCGUCGCCCCUGCGUCCUGUUCUUCACGGAGCCGAUUGUUUGGUUCAUCAAUGUCUGGAACGCGCUCAUCUACGGGAUACUGUAUCUCUGCUUCAUCGCGUACCCUGUCGUCUUUUCGCAUCACCGCGGCUGGGGCCCCGGAUUUACGGGCAUGUCUUAUCUCGGUAUCGGGCUGGGUAUCGUGCUCGCCAUUGUGGCAGAGCCCCUGAUCCGACGACUCAUCAACGCCCAGGGCCGCGACGCGAAGACGGGGAAACCGCUCCCAGAGGCGGCGGCCCUGAUCAUGGCCAUCGGAUCCCUGCUCACGCCCAUCGGCCAGCUGGGGUUCGCCUGGACGUGCCUGCCCAAGACAAUCCACUGGGCGAUCCCAAUAUGUUUCGGGAUCCCCUUUGGCGCCGGCAACACGCUGAGCUUCAUCUACUCGUCAAACUACCUGGCGGGCGCGUACGGCAUCUACGCCGCCAGCGCGCUGGCCAGCAACGCCGUGAUCCGCAGCCUGUUCGGCGCCGGCCUGCCGCUCGCGGGGGCCAGGAUGUACCAGGCCAUGACGCCGCAGCUCGCCGGGACCCUCUGCGGCGUGCUCGAGGUGGCCAUGAUUCCGAUCCCGUUUGUGUUCUGGAGAUAUGGCCGGCGCAUUCGCGACAGCAGCAAGACGAUCCGCCAGCUCCGUGAAGACAGCGGCGACGUCACAAGUAGUGACGAGUCCCGGCCGGAAUCGCGCGACGAUCGCGAGAAGUGACAGGCUGUCGACCCCCAUCCAGUCUGCACCGGAGGCUUAACGCCGGACACACGUCUCAUGCUGCAUCGUGUUUUUCGAAUUUUGCCAGCUCGCACAUUAUGAGGACCCUUGGACGGUAUAGUCAGGUAUAUUGCAACGACGGCAUGUGGAAGUGAGAAAAGAAAUUUUAUGCGGUCAAACGGCGCAUCGGACGCACCCAGUAUCCCUUACCCCCAACAUGAAGUAUUGUUAGGUAUCAGACAUCAUGAUGCGAUGGAACGAUGGACAUGAUGGACAUGAAGAAGGCCGCACGCGCAGGGUUAGUAUUAUUGCCUACGGUAUGUUGCACAGGACGCGUGGAGUCAUGUCGUUACGUAUGUUGCCACAUGCACUGAAACUAUGUGGACAGGCAUUGGGGUCAUUGAUAUUAUCUACAAGUAUUAUGCAAUCAGCUAGAACAACUCGGGCAUUUGAUUUACGUAUAUCAGAUCGAGUAACCUUUAUGCUAGAGCUGACGGGACGAUCCGUCAUGUUGAGGGGAACCGAUACGGGUCUGUCUGUCCCCCUGCACCCGGGCCCGAAUUAUUCGCCGCCGCGGGGCCGACAUGGCGUGUCCACUCUCACGGCUCCUUUACGGCCAGG